UCCGUCUUCUAAUUCACCACCACAUAACCCACAACCCACUUUCCCAUUCCUCUCUUCUCUUCUCUCUCUGUCGAUCCGAAUAUUCUUAGUUCUUAUUGAGGGAGCGGAAGAUUGUUCUAAAUUUGUUGUGUAUAUCCGGUUUGGGGUAAAACCCGGGUCGACGAGUUGUAGACAUCACGGCUAUACACAGAGGUUCACGGCCACUCAUUCAUGUCCGGACUGUCCGACGUAAGGGUUGCGUAAUUGAGACCAACCCUUCGCCGCACGGCGGGCGUGGUGCUUUGCCGUCUGAAGGAGGAAGUCCUUCCGACCUUCUUUUCCUCGCCGGCGGUGGUCUUAACGCUUCCCACUUGCUUUUGUUUUUCUAGCUUUUUUUUCCUUCUUGUUUUGUCUUGUUGUUGUCUCUAGAUUCGGGUUUUUGAGUUCGGGGAGAUUAUUAUUGUUGUUGUUGUUGUUGUUGUUGUUGUGUUGAAGAUUGUAAGCAAAGUAGAUCCUGGUGUUGCUGUCGUUGGUGUGGUUUUUGGGUUUUUGUUUUGAGAGAGAGAGAGAGGUAAUUAGAAGAGAGAAAUAAAGAUGAUGCUGAAGAUCAAGAGGGUUCCUACUGUGGUUUCAAAUUACCAGAAGGAUGAGGCCGAUGAGGGCCGCCGUGCUGGGGGAUGUGGCCGCAACUGCCUUAACAAAUGCUGCAUUCCAGGAGCGAAACUUCCCUUGUAUGCUUUCAAGAAGCAAAACAACUCACCUGGUGAUAAGGAGUUUUCCGGACAUGAGAAGCAAGAGGCUCCGGUCGCUUUUCUUGACUCGUUGGUUCUUGGAGAGUGGGAGGAUCGCAUGCAGAAAGGGCUAUUUCGAUAUGAUGUCACUGCCUGCGAAACUAAGGUGAUCCCAGGCAAGUUUGGCUUCAUCGCCCAGCUCAAUGAGGGGCGCCACCUUAAGAAGCGACCAACUGAGUUUCGUGUUGACAAGGUUCUUCAACCCUUUGAUGGUAGCAAGUUCAACUUCACUAAAGUUGGCCAAGAGGAGGUUCUGUUCCAGUUUGAAGCGAGUGAAGAUGGUGAAGUUCAGUUUCACCCUAAUGCACCUAUUGAUGUGGACAACUCUCCUAGCGUUGUUGCCAUCAAUGUCAGUCCAAUUGAAUAUGGGCAUGUGCUGUUGAUUCCUCGUAUUCUUGAGUCUUUGCCUCAAAGGAUUGAUCGUGAAAGCUUCUUGCUUGCACUUCACAUGGCGGUUGAAGCAGGGAAUCCAUACUUCCGAUUGGGUUACAACAGCUUGGGUGCAUUUGCUACCAUCAAUCACCUUCACUUCCAGGCUUACUACUUGGCUGUGACCUUUCCCAUUGAAAAGGCGCCUACUAAGAAGAUAACCAGUUUGGAUGUUGGAGUUAAGAUCUCUGAGCUUCUGAACUAUCCUGUCAGGGGUCUUGUUUUUGAGGGUGGAAAUACUCUGGAAGAUUUGUCAAACUCUGUCUCUGAUGCCUGCAUUUGCCUUCAAGAGAACAACAUUCCUUACAAUGUCCUCAUAUCUGACUGUGGAAAGCGGAUCUUUCUAUUGCCACAGUGUUAUGCUGAGAAACAAGCCCUUGGGGAAGUUAGAGCAGAGCUUCUGGAUACUCAGGUUAAUCCAGCUGUGUGGGAAAUCAGUGGACAUAUGGUCUUAAAGAGGAAGAAGGACUAUGAUGAGGCAUCUGAUGAAAAUGCUUGGAAGCUCCUUGCUGAGGUCUCUCUUUCUGAGGAGAGGUUCCAGGAGGUGAAUGCUCUUAUAUUUGAAGCCAUUGCCUGUGGUUUGGAUGAUGGCAAUGCAAAUUUACUAGAGGAUCCAGAUGUCAAGCCUCGCUCUCAUGAAGAACUCAAUGCCAUCAACAAAAGCUCCCGUCAUGCUAUGGUGUCCGGGACACAGGAAUGCAUUGUUCUGCAGUAAUGAGCAGAUUAGCGCUUCUGUACCUGUGAUUCUAGUAUUGCAGUUUGCCAUUUGGGUUUAUGUCUGUACCUUAAUGGAUGCUAGCCGAUGCCUAAAUAAGCAAAACUGGGUUUGCAUAGUCAGCUCUACUUUUGCAGUGUGUAUGUUCUGCAUAAUGACUUCAAUCUAUUUGCUUAGGGUGCUUUGAUGGUACUUUGUAAAAUACUUCUCUGUAGAGAUUGCUAUUAUGGAUGAUCAAUAAAUGUUAUGUUUAUUCUA